AUUUUCUUCUUUGCGCCCCCAAUGAUUCCUCAUUCCUUCAAUCUCCAUCUCACACCUCGGCGGCCGCUCCUCUGUUUUUGUUUUUCUUGGGCGGCUACGCUGUCGCCACGAAUUAACCGUUCCCUCAGAGCUCCGCCAUGUCUCCUCCAUUUAUCUAUUGCGUCGCCUGCGGGUGUCCCUUUGAGAUCCCACCUGGCGAUGAGUACGCCGACAGCGAAGACGAGACCUGGGCGACACAAGACCCUUCAGAGGAUCCUUCAAAACAGUGGUUGAACGACAUUCGGGUUUUCGGCACUGCUGCCCAUGUACAACAGCUCUACCCUCGUGAUGAGAUAAACAACGAGUCCAACGUUAAAGGCUUGUUUAUCUCCGGCCCCGCGUACUGGAGCUUCACUGAAGGCCGCGACUUUCGCACCAACGAUCCGGGCGCAGACUCAUUCCGCGUGCUGAGCCUGGACAAGGACACUGGCGAUGGCUUGUUCCCUCUCCACGAGCGGUGCUUGAGCAUCCUUCGACACGCCAUCGCCUGGCGCGCCGAGUUCGGUCGGCAGCCUCCGUCGCCGUCUCCGAGCCUGAUGGCCGUCUACAGGUUCUUGUGUUCCCAGCGGAAGCGCAAUCUAGCAGAAAUGCACAGGAUUGCAGAUCAGGGAGGCAUCAACGGCACAAGUAGCUACGGAUCGUACGGCCUCGAGUUUGAUCACGACUACUAUGGGGCCAGGAGGUUCUGGACUUACCAAGGCUGGGAGGUCUGCGCGGCUAAUGAGUGGUUCUGUAACGACCCUGUAAAUGUCCCAAGACUGCCUGACUUUAUCUCGGCGUUACUUGGCGAGAUCUCCUCUGAACAAGCUUCCACCCCAGAAAACAGCCCAGAUCCCGCGGAUACAGCAGACACCGGCACUGCUCCAACGGGUUCAGGGACUGGGGUUGAAACCCUGCCGCUUGAAAUACUUAAUCACGUCACCAGCUUCCUUCCAGCCUCGUCCGUCGUUCGCCUGCAACGAUGCUCCAAGGCCCUGUCUCGCCGCAUUGUCCUUGACAGGCAAUUCUGGCGGACGCAACUCCUAAACGGGUGCACAGCUCCUUAUUUGUACAGGCUUGGCGGUGGGGACAUGGAUGCGAAUACAGCGCAAAUAGCUCAACUUGAUGUGUCAGGUUGCUGGGACGGCCUCGCACGGAAGCUGGGGGCUAUAGAUGAGAUUAUCGAAGCGGAGGGGCAGGCUUUAACAUCUGCGCCCUGGGGAUUGCGGAACCGGUGCAGGCUGUGGGCUAUUUGUAACCAUCUAAUAACUUCUUCGCUAGAAUGAUAUUCGACGAUAUUCGAAUUGACCGACCGGGCAUGUUGAAUUUCGCGGAUUCUCUCAUCAGAUCGAGUGUCAAAGGAUCAUAAAUCAAAAUGCACCAAGGGAUCGUUUACAAUCAACAUUUGCCCUUCCUCUACCUUUUAUCCGCUUGUUCCUUCGGACCAAGAUCGUCCCAGCGGGCCGGUUUUUAUCCCCUCCUUCCUCUGUCUCAACGGAAUGCACAAUUUACGGUUUUGCAACAGAACAUUGGACAUCAAACAUGACGCCUAACUAGGUAGUGACUUGCGCGAGGAUCAAGGCAAGACUGGGCUCCUAGGUUACCCUAUACUCAUCACAUGAGUCAAUUGUCACCAGGACAGUUACACAUUACUGGCCGAUACAUCACCAUCUACUUUAG